CUAUAUAUCCAACCCCAUUCCAUUCAUCCUUCUCCCUCGUGACCGCUUGCAUUCGAAAUGGCCAAAUUCCCACCGCCGCUUCGCAUUUUCUUACUCUGCUUUUGUUUUGCAUCCAUUUCCGAUGGCGCAAGAAUACCUCAUUCCUUGAAAAAAUUAGACUCAUCAAACACUGACCCAUACGUUAGCUCCCCAUUCUCAUUGCCACCAUAUGAAUCCCUUCCUCCAUUCCCUUCUCCCGAAAACACCCCUCCAUAUUGCGUAUACCCACCCACCACCCCCAUGCCCCCCACAUUCCCCACCCCACCAUCCAUACUACCCCCAUCCCCACCCUACUACGAGCCUACCCCGCCUUAUUACGAGCCUACACCCCCUUACUACGAGCCUAGCCCGCCAAGCUACGUGCCCCUCCCGCCACCCACGGGAUCCGUUCCGAGCCCAAAGUUCCUGCCUCCCAUCGUGUUCCCGCCGCCGGCAGUGCCGCCGCCGCCUCGACGCACGCCUGUGACGGCCAUGUGGUGCGUUGCGAAGGCGGCGGUGCCGGACCCGAUUAUACAAGAGGCCAUGGACUACGCGUGCGGGUCUGGAGCUGAUUGCGACCAGAUUCAGCCGAGCGGGUCGUGCUUCAUGCCCAACACACUGUUUGCGCACGCAUCCUACGCAUUCAACAGCUAUUGGCAGAGGAGUAAGGUGGCCGGAGGCAGAUGUGAUUUUGGAGGAACCGCCAUACUUGUCACCGUUGAUCCCAGUUAUGAUGGAUGCCAUUUUCUCUACUUCUAAGCUUGCUGAUGCUGACAUGUUGCAUACAUUUUGUGAUAUUCAUUUUUGGAUAUUGUUUUGAGGUAGAUUAGGUGGGGGCCUCAUGCUGUUAGUCCAGAUGAAAACUUAGCUGUUUUUUCUACUUAAUUCGCAUUAAUUUGUUUUGUUAAUCUCUUAUUUAAUUUUAUGAAUAAUUAUCGAUGAUAGUACUAUAUAAUUGUACCAAAUGAUUACUAAAUUUUAAUUUAUUUCAAACUCAGUACGGAAUGUUAAUUUAUACGUA